AUGCCUGCGAUUCCAGAAGAACUACUCCUUGCUGCAAACCCAGACCGCUUCUGCAUGUUCCCAAUCCAAUACCCCCAAAUUUGGGAAAUGUACAAGAAAGCAGAAGCAUCCUUCUGGACCGCCGAAGAAGUUGACCUCUCCCAAGACCUCCGUCAUUGGGAUUCCCUGACCGACGGCGAACGCCACUUCAUCACCCACGUCCUCGCCUUCUUCGCCGCCUCCGACGGCAUCGUCCUCGAAAACCUCGCCGGAAGGUUCAUGAAAGAAAUUCAAGUCUCUGAGGCUCGCGCCUUCUACGGCUUCCAAAUUGCCAUCGAAAACAUCCACUCCGAAAUGUAUAGCCUCCUCCUCGAAACCUAUAUAAAAGACUCCAAAGAAAAAAAUCGCUUGUUUCGGGCCAUCGACACCAUCCCCUGCGUCUCCAAAAAAGCCCAAUGGGCCUUACGCUGGAUUGAGGCCUCCGAUUCUUUCGGUGAACGCCUCGUUGCCUUUGCUUGCGUGGAAGGGAUAUUUUUUUCUGGAAGCUUCUGCGCGAUAUUUUGGCUCAAAAAGCGCGGGUUGAUGCCGGGUCUCACUUUCUCCAACGAGCUUAUCUCGCGAGACGAGGGACUUCAUUGUGACUUCGCGUGCUUGUUGUACUCUCUUCUGAGGAAGAAGCUCAGUGAGGAGCGCGUGAGGGAGAUUGUGCGUGAUGCUGUGGAGAUAGAGAGGGAGUUCGUAUGCGACGCGCUUCCGUGCGCUUUGGUGGGGAUGAAUGGGGACUUGAUGAGUCAGUAUAUUGAGUUUGUGGCGGAUCGGUUGCUGGACGCGCUUGGGUGCGGUAAGGUGUAUAAUGUUCAGAAUCCCUUCGAUUGGAUGGAGCUGAUAUCGCUUCAGGGGAAAACUAACUUCUUCGAGAAGCGCGUUGGAGAGUACCAGAAGGCUUCCGUUAUGUCUAGCUUGAACGGUAACGGAGGGGCACACGUCUUCAAGAUGGACGAGGACUUCUAAUUGAUAUU